GGAACUCAGCUGAGACCCUGCAGACAGAUCCUCUCCUGAGGCGUCAGGAGUCAGGGAAGGCAUGACCUGGCGCCCCCUCCAGAGCCCUGACCCCUGACCCCUGUGGCUCCCUGGGGUGCUUCCAGCUCAGGUGGCCCUGCCCGCGAUGGCCGUCCUCCCCCUGCUCCUCUGCCUGCUGCCGCUGGCCCCUGCCUCAUCUCCACCUCAGCCGGCCACUGCCAGCCCGUGCCCCCGCCGCUGCCGCUGCCAGACGCAGUCGCUGCCCCUCAGCGUGCUGUGCCCGGGUGCGGGCCUGCUCUUUGUGCCCCCCUCGCUGGAUCGCCGAGCGGCCGAGCUGCGCCUGGCCGACAACUUCAUCGCAGCCGUGCGGCGCCGCGACCUGGCCAACAUGACGGGCCUGCUGCACCUGAGCCUGUCCCGUAACACCAUCCGCCACGUGGCCGCCGGCGCCUUUGCCGACCUGCGCGCCCUGCGCGCCCUGCACCUGGAUGGCAACCGGCUGACCUCGCUGGGCGAGGGGCAGCUGCGUGGCCUGGUCAACCUGCGCCACCUCAUUCUGAGCAACAACCAGCUGGCGGCACUGGCGGCCGGCGCGCUGGACGACUGUGCUGAGACACUGGAAGACCUGGACCUGUCCUACAACAACCUGGAACAGCUGCCCUGGGAGGCGCUGGGCCGCCUGGGCAACGUCAACACGCUGGGCCUCGACCACAACCUGCUGGCCUCCGUGCCUGCGGGCGCCUUCUCACGCCUGCACAAGCUGGCCCGGCUGGACAUGACCUCCAACCGCCUGACCACCAUCCCCCCUGACCCCCUCUUCUCCCGGCUGCCACUGCUGGCCAGGCCCCGUGGAUCGCCGGCCUCUGCCCUGGUGCUGGCCUUCGGGGGCAACCCCCUGCACUGCAACUGUGAGCUGGUGUGGCUGCGGCGGCUGGCCCGGGAGGACGAUUUGGAGGCGUGCGCCUCCCCGCCUGCCCUGGGCGGCCGCUACUUCUGGGCGGUGGGUGAGGAGGAGUUUGUGUGCGAGCCGCCCGUGGUCACUCAUCGCUCGCCGCCCCUGGCGGUGCCGGCGGGCCGGCCGGCCGCCCUGCGCUGCCGGGCCGUGGGGGACCCGGAACCCCGCGUGCGCUGGGUGUCCCCGCAGGGCCGGCUGCUGGGCAACUCGAGCCGAGCUCGCGCCUUCCCCAACGGGACGCUGGAGCUGCUGGCCACGGAGCCGGGCGACGGCGGCAUCUUCACCUGCAUCGCGGCCAAUGCGGCUGGUGAGGCCACGGCGGCCGUGGAGUUGACUGUGGGGCCCCCGCCACCCCCCCAGCUUGCCAACAGCACCAGCUGUGACCCCCCGCGGGACGGGGAUCUCGAUACUCUCACCCCUCCCUCUGCCGCCUCGGCCUCCGCCUCCGCCUCCGCCAAGGUGGCUGACAUGGGCCCCCCAAGCGACCGUGGCGUCCAGGUGACUGAGCACGGGGCCACGGCGGCCCUCGUCCAGUGGCCAGACCAGAGGCCCAUCCCAGGCAUCCGCAUGUACCAGAUCCAGUACAACAGCUCUGCCGACGACAUCCUCGUCUACAGGAUGAUCCCUGCUGACAGCCGCUCGUUCCUGCUGACCGACCUGGCAUCGGGACGCACCUACGAUCUGUGUGUACUCGCCGUGUACGAGGAUGGAGCCACGGGACUGACGGCCACCCGACCUGUGGGCUGUGCCCGCUUCUCCACGGAGCCGGCGCUGCGGCCCUGUGGGGCCCCUCACGCACCCUUCCUGGGCGGCACCAUGAUCAUUGCACUGGGCGGCGUCAUCGUGGCCUCGGUGCUGGUCUUCAUCUUCGUGCUGCUGAUGCGCUACAAGGUGCACGGCAGCCAGCCCCCUGGGAAGGCCAAGGGUGCCGCCCCGGUCAGCAGCGUCUGCUCCCAGACCAACGGUGCCCUGGGCCCCACGCCCGCCCCACCCGCCCCGGAGCCUACCGGGCCCCGGGGCCACACCGUGGUCCAGCUGGACUGUGAGCCCUGGGGGCCCAGCCACGAACCCACGGGACCCUAGCGACGCACUCACCUCUCUGGCCAGUCUGGCCCCGGAGUGGCGGGGCCCAGGCACCCCGUCAGACCUGGCCUCAGACUUACCAAAUUGCUCCUGGUUUUUAAAAACUCUGAUGGGGAGGGUGUCGGGGCACCGGGCACAACAAGAAAGUCCUAUUUUUCUAAGCUUGGGCCUGGGCCCU